AAAUCAUGAAAGUGAAACACUGCAUCUUAUUAUAAUUAGUUUAUUACAAUUGUAAUAAAUUUGCAAUUCAGUACAUCAAUUUAUUCAGAGUACGUGAUCUCAAAAUCGAAUAACAAUUAUGUGAAUAGUUGAGACCAAAAUGGGCACAUAGAGAUGGGACCAAAAUUAUACCAUGUCAUAUUUUGGUUAGCUCUAAUGUAUACACCAAACUCAAGCGAAGAUCUGGACCGCGAGCUGCUACCAAGAGAACUGCCUAGAGGAUGGAAGGUCAAGACAAGCAGCACAGUCGAACCGCCAUCGCGGUGCAAGGAGAUCAAACCCACGCCUAGAGAUGUUGUCAGACGGAUCUGUGCCGUAUUGCCGUAUUUUGACCGCGAGCACCAAAAUAUUGCGCUCCUCCAACGAUACCGAGUCACAAUCAACAAGUUGUCGGAAAGCAUGGAUUUGGUAGACCGCGAGGUCGCUUUCUACGCAGCAGUGAUCACGCCUCUUGUGUUCCUGCAGCGCUAUAGGGACGCCAAAUGCUUGCUUGAAAGGUUCCAGCAGUCAUUGGAAGAGUUUGACACAUACCCUCCCUUCGAAAAAAGGAUUUCCCUGAAAAAUCUCCAGGGCCUACGCGAUCUCAGCAACAAGAUCCUGCUGUUCGUCAGCGGCCUGCCCGACAAGAGACCUCCGACCCGCACGCCGGCGCCCGAACUGCUGGACGACGAGGACAUAGGCCACAGCGACAAACAUGACGUCCGCUUUCUCAAGGAGUUAAUCAAAAACCUUGGAUAAAUAAAUGCUUUAUUUUACACAUAAAA